AUGGACAUCGACGAAGAUCCAGUAGUAACCGUGCUACCUAUUCAUUACUCGGACUCCCUGGCGCCAAAUGUGCAAAUACAUCAAUAUCCGCUGCUCACACGGCCGCUGCAAGUGCCUCCAUCAGCCGCGGCGAGCGGCAAGCGGAUCCGAGCGAGAAUAAAGCCAGGCGUAAAACGAUUAGAGGUGCAUGUCCCGGUGGACACGCGCCAGGAAGUUUGGAACGCAGAAAAGGGGCAAGCACUUGGUCAUGCUCGGGUCGAAGAUGACCGCGAAAAGAACCAGGAGCAGCAGACGAGUGGGGCAGUUGGUGAGCCGAGGUUAUCGGAGGUGCGCAUGAGGAGCGAGCAGAUAGGGCAGCGAGGGGUGUACAUGCUGGGGGUCGUGCGAGACGGAAAACUACACUUGCAUCCGGUGUCGGAGACGCAUCAACUGCGACCAACGCUUACCUAUCUAGACGUCAUGAACCGUAAAAGCAGACGACGUGGUGCGGAUUCGGAUGAUGAAUCAGACGAUGGACCUCCCCCCGAUCCAGAUGAAGCUCCCCUGCCACCAGUCGAGAAGAAGGAACGGAAGCCUGCCGCGGACGCUAAGGAUAUUCAGGUUUCUGCAAGGAAAGCCGCGGACGACAAGAACAAUUUGAACUCACUAUCGGGCGGCCUCAGUGCUGGUAGGCGAGAGAUGCUGAUGGCCUUGAGAGCAGAGGAGGACGAGCCAUGGGAGGACUUGGAGUUCUUCUCGGGGGAGGCCACCGAAUCGUCGGAGGUGUUCGAUGCUAUAUUCUCCCGUAAUGAAGAUAAACUAGAAACCAAAUUUCGAUUAGAAACGUUCCUCAAAGACAUACGCGGAUUAUAACUUGGCAUUUGCACUCGGUCGCAAGAUAUGGGGAAAUUUAUUUUUAGUGUGAGGCACGUGCUUACUUCUAGCAUGGCCUCGAGCACUAUAGCGCAUAUACCCUGCCUACAUCGCGUCACUUCCACUACAUUUGAAUCGUAUCGUA